CUUUCGGUGACAACUUCAACUUCCGCAAAGAAUUUCUAGGUUUUUCGUCUCCCCAUUUUCUUUGUCUUUUUGAUUCAUUUUCUUAUCGUAGUUUGAAGCCAUUUUUUUUCAUCCUCAUCAUCUUCAAAACCAUGAAGGAAACCAUGGGAAACCCUCUUCAUCUGAAAUCUUUGAACCACAUCUCACUCAUCUGCCGAUCCGUUGAGCAAUCUAUUGAUUUUUACCAGAAUGUUCUUGGGUUUGUCCCAAUCAGGAGGCCUGGAUCUUUUAAUUUUGAUGGUGCAUGGCUAUUUGGAUAUGGAAUUGGAAUUCAUCUUUUGCAAUCUGAGGACCCGGAGAGCAUGCCCAAGAAAACUGAGAUUAAUCCCAAGGAUAAUCAUAUUUCUUUCCAGUGUGAGAGCAUGGGGGCUGUGGAGAAGAAACUCAAGGAGAUGGAGCUCAAGUACAAGCGAGCCAUGGUGGAGGAAGGUGGCAUCCACGUUGAUCAAUUGUUCUUCCACGACCCUGAUGGCUUCAUGAUCGAAAUAUGCGACUGCGACAACCUCCCAGUGAUCCCUAUCGCCGGCGAGAUGGCCCGGUCAUGCUCCCUCGUAAACCUGCCUAUGUUGCAGCAGCAGCAGCUAAGAUUGUUGCAGCAAUAGAUGUACGGGCUAAUUGUUUGUGUCAAUAAGAUUUAUGAGAGGAAGAAACUACUACUACUGAGUUGAUUUGUGCUCUAUGUGUCAUUAUUAUGUGGUAAUAUGAGGCUUUAAUUAAUGUUGAGAAAUGAAAAUCUUCAUCCAAAUUGAAGGUGGUUGUUUUUGGCUCUCAAGUUUGGGAAUCUUCUGAGCUGGCCUGUUGUGAUAUCAUUGUUUGUUUUUUUUCUUUCUUACCUUUUGUGUUGAGUUGAGUUGGAGAUGGGGAGAUAUUUCAUAUUUGGGUUGCUUUGAAGAGAACACUUAAAUUAUAUUUUUAUGGUGAUUGCAUCGUUUUGUUGUGUUCUGAGAGGUAGGACUUGGUUCCUGUCCUUUUUAGCAAUAUAAUAUGGUAAUAUUUGAUUGA